AUGUUUCGUAAAACCAAGAAGAUGGAGCGAAACAAGUAUGACGACCAGAUUCUCAAGGCCGUUCUAGAGAGUGAUGCCAAAGCGCUUCGAACCUUGGUUGAGAAGAAGCGCUUUUCGUCCUUGAUCGCCGCUGAUAAUGAUGGCCGCGUACCAAUCUACGAGGCAUGCCGUCUGGGUUUCACGGAGUGUGCCGAAAUCAUCCUGGAGGCUGAGUCGGAAGCGCACAUUCCUGAUGAGGAGGGCCGUAAUCCUCUUCACAUGGCCUCUCUCAACGGGCACGUGGAGUGUGUCAAGCUCCUCUGCUCUAAAAGCAACAUCGCCGUAGAUACGCCUGAUUUGCGCGGUCAAACAGCAGCCAUGCACGCGGCCAUUGCCGGACACACGGACGUGCUCACCUUCCUUCUCAUGCGAGGUGCCGACCCCGAGGUCACGGAUCAUGAUGGAAAUACUUGCCUGCUUCUGGCCAUCCGCGCCAACCAGCGCGAGACAGCCAUUUGCCUGCUGAAUCACUCCAUUAACGUCAACGCUCAGAACCGCCAGCAAAAGUCGGCUUUGAUGUUCGCUUGCGAGCUGGGCCUGCACGAGCUGGUCACCAUGCUCCUGCAACGCGGCUCUCAAGUCGACCUUCGGGAUACCGGAGGCCGAAGCGCCUACAGCUAUGCCAAACUUAACAAUCACGCGCGCUGUCUGGAACUUCUGCCCGAGGAUGCCGACCAAGGCAGCGCGGACAGCAGCCGACCUGCCUCGACCACCGACCUGCAAUCGUCCACCAAGUAUCCUCCACCGUCCCGCGCCACCAACCCUCAGCUCAAUGCGCUUCGCGAACAAGUGGAGGAGUUGACUGAGAAGUUGAAGCAAGAGCAGGAGGCCCAUGCCUCGGUGAUCGCGGAGAAAGACCACUUGCAAGCCGAGCUGUCCGCUUAUUUCCCAGCUGCAGGCGCCGGGUCCGCGGCGGAUGGCGGUUCGUCUGCUGCCACACCCUCUUGCUUUGCCAUGUGUGCAAACUCGACUGACAAUGAUCUUCUUGGGUCGAUAGACGAGGAUGGUACCGAUGCUGAACAGAGCACGCAGGCACUCAAGGCUCAGCUCGGGGCCAUGGCCAAGGCUAAGAACGAAGCUGAUGCUGAGGUGGAGCGCCUGCAGCAGCGGGUCCGCGAGUUGGAAAGCAGCCAAAAGAGCGGUGGUUUUAGCGCUCCUUUUGGGGAUGACGACGGCGGUGGUUCUAUUCCGCUUGUGGUUUUCAAUCAAAUCAAGGAGAGCCAGGAGCGGCGAAUCCGCGAGUUGGAGGCACAAGUUCAAGGCAAGGGGGACGCCGUGCCGACCAAUGGCACAAUCAAGGCCGGCGAUGUGCAGCUCACCGCUCUUGUUGAACUUUAUCGCUCAGCGCUCGUGCAAGCCGUUCAGCUGGCCGAGUACAUCAAGGCCAACCAGUCACAAGUCGUGUUUACGGAAAACGCCUCGGCCGCCAUCAAUGCAGUUUUGCGCAGUUUGGCACACAGCGUAAAUGACACCUUUUUGGUGCUUUCGUGCGCCUAUGCCAUGGUGAGCAACACCUUGACUUGGCUGGCAAGUCAGAAGCGCGCCAGCGUUCUUGUUGUGGAGGUGGAAUUUCCCUUGGCCAGCGAGGAUGAUGUGGUCACGCUGGUCGAGCAGGCCCUCAUUAAGCACCGUGCCAGUCAUCCCAACGCCACCGUGCGCUUGGCACUCUUCUCCCACAUCGUGAGCAUUCCCCCGCUGCGCUUUCCCAUUGCCAAGCUGGCUGCAGCAAGCAAAGCCCAUGGCGUGCAGCAGGUCAUGGUGGACGGUGCUCAUGCGCUCGGCCAGAUCGAACUGGACAUGGGCAAGCUUGCCGCAAGUGGGGUCGACUACUAUGCAGGCAAUGGUCACAAGUGGUUAUACAGUCCCAAGGGCACGGCUUUUCUGUGGGUGCGUGAGGGACUGGAGGCAGACGUGACGCCGACCGUCGUGUCAUCCGAAUGGGCGGCGCACGACUACGCUCGUGACUUUUUGUAUACAGGCACCCGCGACUACACGGCUUUCACCUCGAUCAAGGCAGCCUUUGACUUUCGCUCAGCUAUCGGCGGUGACGUCGCCAUCCGCACUUAUAUGCGUCAGGUGGCGCAAGAGGCUGGCCAUUACUUGAGCAAAUUGUGGGGCACGCGCUUGGCCGGUCCGUUGAAUCUGACCGAUGCCAUGGUGGCCGUGGAGCUGCCGGAGGCCAUCUGGCCCUUGGCUUCGACCCUCAUGACAGACAUUGCUCAAGACUACAACAUUCAGAUUGUGGCCUUCCAAAUGCCCACGAGCUUGCCCAAGACGUCAGACCGGCCCUGGUGGAUGCGGUUGUCAGCUCAGGUCUAUGUCGAGCUGGAUGAUAUGAAGCGUGUUGGCGAGAUCAUCCUCAAUCUGGCCCAACAACGUAAAGCCAUUGAUCCCUGA